AUAUCCAACCUGGCACGCUUUAAUGAUUGUGGUCAGUCAUCUUCAAAUAAGGUUACUUUUAGCAUGGAUCCUGUCUUCGUAUUGUUCACUCUUUUUCGAUAAUCUGUGGAACUGUUCAGUAACUUAUUGCAAUGGUGAAAAUCAUGAAAAUUGGGAAAGUUGUACUGGUCCUAAGUGGACGGUAUGCUGGUAGAAAAGCUAUUGUGAUGAAAAAUUAUGAUGAUGGGACUACGGAUAAGCAAUAUGGUCAUGCAUUAGUAGCUGGCAUUGAUAGAUAUCCUCGUAAGGUCCAUAAGCGAAUGGGGAAGGCAAAAAUACAUAAGAGAUCCAAAAUAAAGCCCUUUGUGAAAGUUUUGAAUUAUAAUCAUUUGAUGCCUACAAGAUACACAGUAGAUCUCCAACUGGAUAAAAUAACACCAAAAGAAUUAAAAGAUCCAAUGAAACGAAAAAAAAUUAGAUUUCAGACAAGAGUUAAAUUUGAAGAAAGGUACAAGUCAGGUAAAAACAAAUGGUUUUUCCAGAAACUUCGAUUCUAAUUUUUCAAUCAAUAAAUAAUAAGAUUGAAGUUGUUGUAUGUUAUUUAUUACCUUCUCUAUUUUUUUUAAUACACAAAAGAACAUUUCUAAUUUUUAUUGAUUG